AUGGCUGAAUCUGAGCACGUCAAAGACUCAAUCAAUGUCGAGAAGACACCUGCUUAUGAAUCUGGUGAUACCGUCACAUUCAAUACUCGAGAUGCCUCGGGCGUUGAAGGCGAUCCUUCGAAUCUACCCAAUCAAGACAGUCGAUCAUCUCGGUAUUUCGGCAAAGAGGGCAAACUGCGUCCUUUUCGACUGUUAAAGCAAGAUGUGGUCAAUCUCAAGAGUCGAUAUGCUUCAGAUUGGCAGGUCUUUAACCAGCAGAUAAUUGCAAGUGCAGUUUACAUCUUCUUCACCAAUCUGUUGCCUGGCAUCACCUUUGCGAGUGACCUGUAUACUUUGACUGGCAAGUCAUGGGGAACUAUCGAGGUUGUGUUUAGUACCGGCCUUUGCGGCCUCAUCUUUUCUCUGUUCUCGGGUCAACCCCUUACAAUUCUCGGUGUCACAGGCCCAUUCUCAGUUCUGGCCGAGAAUAUUUACGAGUUAUGCGAGACACACUUUCAUGUCAAGUUCCUGCCAGUCAUGGCAUGGUCACUCAUACAUGCCGGAUGGAUGCAUUAUCUCCUUGCCAUCUUCAAUGCUCAUGACUGGACAAUGCAAUAUGUCACCCACUUCAGCGCCGACAUAUUCUCGCUCCUCAACAGUGUCAUCUAUUUUCACAAGGCUGCCAUGGAGUUGAAGCGAACCCAUGCCCGAGUAUCGCUUGCGGCUUUUCUAUACGCCGUUCUGGGAGCAGUUGGGACCUGUCUCCUAGCUAUCCUCCUAUCGACAGCUAACUCCUGGAAGCCCAUGCUUCACCGCUACGUUCGACUCGGACUCACAGAGUAUGCGGCUGCUAUUUCCAUCAUCAUAUGGAUCGGAAUUCCGUAUAUCGGUGAGCUGGCGUCGUUGGAUCAUAUCCACCUUGAGGUACAAACUAGCUUUCGGCCUACAAACCCUGACAGAUCGACAUUCUUUGUUCGUUUUUGGGAGGUUCCCAUUGAAUGGGUAUUCCUGUCUAUGAUUCCUGGUGCCAUUAUCACAGUCUUGUUUUAUUUCGACCACGAAAUCAGCAGCAUCAUAUGCACUGUGGAUCGAUAUGGGACCAAGAAGCCAGGUGGAUAUGCCUGGGAUGUUGCUCUCCUGGGAACGACUACUAUCAUCUGUGGUAUUCUGGGUAUCCCUCCGGCAAAUGGCCUGCUUCCUCAAGCACCGCUUCACUCCGAAUCUUUGAUGCAUUAUGUCCUUGAAACCCCCCCUGCUGAAGAAGGCGAACAACCGGACUCACCUCGCCCCGUUGCAAGGACAUAUGAGCAGAGAUACUCGCAUUUUAUCCAAGCGGCACUCAUUCUCAUAUUUGUGUCACCGCCGCUGCAAAAGCUAUUAGGUCUCACUCAGACGUCGGUACUCGCCGGUCUCUUCCUCUUCAUGGGCUACCAGUCUCUUUCAGUUAACCCAAUUCUUGAAAGAGUCGUGAACCUUCUCACUCCACCGUCUGAUCUCUCUGAGCUCCCUGACGGAGUCAGCUGGCUCGGCAUUCACAUGUACACCGUCACGCAGAUUGUCAUGACCGGCAUCGUUUUCGGGGUGACGUUGACAGUUGCGGCGCCUGCAUUCCCUCUGAUCAUCAUAGCCCUGGUUCCAGUCCGGUUGUCGCUCAUGAACCGGGUAUGGAGCCGUGAGACGUUACGGCUAGUAGAUGGAUGGGCAUGCAGGGAAGGGAAACCGGAGGAUCCGGCCACAGUGCAAGGAUUCGACGAUGAGGAGAAGGCUAGGGUCUGA